AUGCGUCUGGCAAGACUUCCUCAGUCUCUAACCACAGCUGCUGACGGAGCGCCAUGCGUCUGGCAAGACUUCCUCAGUCUCUAACCACAGCUCCUCAGUCUACCACUUUUUAUUAUGUUGAUCUACAGGUGUCUGAGAUUUUACAUUUUUGAUGGGGAGAAUAGACCCUAAUAUUGAUGAUUGAUGGGGAGAAUAGACCCUAAUAUUGAUGAUUGAUGGGGAGAAUAUACCCUAAUAUUGAUGAUUGAUGGAGAAUAGACCCUAAUAUUGAUGGGGAGAAUAGACCCUAAUACUGACGAUUGAUGGGGAGAAUAUACCCUAAUAUUGCAUUUUUACAUUUGACAUUUUAGUCAUUUAGCAGACACUCUUAUCCAGAGCGACUUACAGUUAGUGAGUGCAUACAUUUUCAUACUUGUCCCCCGUGGGAAUCGAACCCACAAUCCUGGCGUUGCAAGCGCCAUGCUCUACCAACUGAGCUACACGGGACUACAUUAGUCAACUGUGAUCUAGGUCAAACCAAGACUGCACCAGUCCUGAAAUAAUGCAAUUUGAGAAUAAUAGUUACAAGGACAAACAAUAUGUUUAAUGUGACAUAAGGCCAGAUAUGAUCAAUAUGUUUAAUGUGACAUAAGGCCAGAUAAGACAUGGAAUAUUGGUCUCCUGAGUGUAGACAUACGUCUUCCUAUAGACCUGGGGCUCUCGGAUGUCUCCUGAAUAUAGAACUGAGGACCUUGUAUCUCCUGUUAUUAGUGAUCAACGAGUUGAAGAGAAUGAGGAAGAGUCUGAAGAGCGGAAAGGAAACAGGAUUCAUUGCUGGUUGGAGUAGGAUUCAAGGAAAAAGUCAAGCAUGGGGUUUUGUCUGGUCCGUUUGUGGUAUCGGGGUGGGUGGAGAGUAAGCUAGGAAAGAUGCAGUCAGUCAAGGUAGCAUGAAGUGGAUUCAUUAUGAUUGAUGUCAGUGGAGGCUGCUGAGGGGAAGACGGCUCAUAAUAAUGUCCGGAACGGUACAAAUGGAAUAGCAUCACACAUGGAAACCAUGUGUUUGAUGUAUUUGAUACCAUUCCACCUAUUCCGCUCCAGCCUUUACUACGAGUCCGUCAUCCCCAAUUAAGGUGCCACCAACCUCCUCUGACAUAUGUACACCCUAUCUCCCAGAGGGAUCGAGCUUUGUUCAACUGGGGGAACAAGAAGUUUUAGUCUACGGAACAGAGCUCCUCUCAAGGGGUUAUAACAGUGCCUCUAAGUGUAGAGGUUGAGCAACUUAAGAAGGUUCCUGACGAUUGAUGGGGAGAAUAGACCCUCAUAUUGAUGAUUGAUGGGGAGAAUAGACCCUAAUAUUGAUGAAUGAUGGGGAGAAUAGACCCUAAUAUUGAUGAUUGAUGGGGAGAAUAGAGCCUAAUAUUGACGAUUGAUGGGGAGAAUAGACCCUAAUAUUGAUGAUUGAUGGGGAGAAUAGACCCUAAUAUUGAUGAUUGAUGGGGAGAAUAGACCCUAAUAUUGAUGAAUGAUGGGGAGAAUAGACCCUAAUAUUGAUGAUUGAUGGGGAGAAUAGACCCUAAUAUUGACGAUUGAUGGGGAGAAUAGACCUUAAUAUUGAUGAUUGAUGAGGAGAAUAGACCCUAAUAUUGAUGAAUGAUGGGGAGAAUAGACCCUAAUAUUGAUGAUUGAUGGGGAGAAUAGACCCUAAUAUUGAUGGGGAGAAUAGACCCUAAUAUUGAUGAAUGAUGGGGAGAAUAGACCCUAAUAUUGACGAUUGAUGGGGAGAAUAGACCCUAAUAUUGAUGGGGAGAAUAGACCCUAAUAUUGACGAUUGAUGGAGAGAAUAGACCCUAAUAUUGAUGGGGAGAAUAGACCCUAAUAUUGACGAUUGAUGGGGAGAGUAUACCCUAAUAUUGAUGGAGAAUAUACCCUAAUAUUGAUGAAUGAUGGGGAGAAUAGACCCUAAUAUUGAUGAUUGAUGGGGAGAAUAGACCCUAAUAUUGACGAUUGAUGGGGAGAAUAGACCCUAAUAUUGACGAUUGAUGGGGAGAAUAGACCCUAAUAUUGAUGGGGAGAAUAGACCCUAAUAUUGACGAUUGAUGGGGAGAGUAUACCCUAAUAUUGAUGGAGAAUAUACCCUAAUAUUGAUGAAUGAUGGGGAGAAUAGACCCUAAUAUUGAUGAUUGAUGGGGAGAAUAGACCCUAAUAUUGACGAUUGAUGGGGAGAAUAGACCCUAAUAUUGACGAUUGAUGGGGAGAAUAGACCCUAAUAUUGAUGGGGAGAAUAGACCCUAAUAUUGAUGGGGAGAAUAGACCCUAAUAUUGACGAUUGAUGGGGAGAAUAGACCCUAAUAUUGAUGGGGAGAAUAGACCCUAAUAUUGACGAUUAAUGGGGAGAAUAGACCCUAAUAUUGACGAUUGAUGGAGAGAAUAGACCAUUAUAUUGAUGGGGAGAAUAGACCCUAAUAUUGACGAUUGAUGGGGAGAAUAGACCCUAAUAUUGAUGGAGAAUAGACCCUAAUAUUGAUGAUUGAUGGGGAUAUAGACCCUAAUAUUGACGAUUAACACUUUCUAACCCUGCUGAUGUUGAUGUUAUAUUUGCUCAGUGAAAUACCUGGAGAGGAGUAGAAGGUGCUCAACCAACGUGAGAUGAGGUGUAAGCAAAUAAAUCAUAAGUGCAUUUGGAAGGAAUAGGUGUGACUCUCAUGUGAGAGACAUGCCUUCCAAAUGCUCAGUCAAAUGGCUGGAAUACCGUGCAGCAUGACAGAAAGGCUGUAUGCAGUCUGGGUCAUUGGUAUAAUGGGGUGUUUUUGUAUAGACUUAAAGUGAACCCUCCUUAUCUAUCCACAGGUCUUGAGAUUCUUUGAAUGUCACUGAUGCUCUAGUUACCAAGCCAUGUGCUAGGAUGCUUCUUUUCUACUGUUACUGCUACUACAAUGCUGAUCUACUACUAAUACUGCUACUACACAGCUUGUUUACCUUGACUUGAGUUCCUCCCAGAAUGUGAUCCCUCCAGCAGAAAGCCAAAUCUCCACGACGUUAUCCUGAUCAAUUUAGCCUAUGUUUCUGAAGUGGAUAUAAUAAAUGAUCGCACUGAAACUCCUCCUCCUCUAGCAUCACUGAAUGUUAGCAAGGUAAGCCCUCAUCUGCUGUCAUACUGUAGAUCCCACAAAUUCAGCCAGUUCCACUGCUUUUUUCAUUCUUCCCCUCUAAUCAGGGACUGAUUUAGACCUGGGACACCAGGUGUGUGUGAACUUAAUUAUCAGGUAGAACAGAAAACCAGGAGUAGUCACAACCUCAGAGGGUAAGAUUUGAAUACCCCUGCUGUAGAUGCUUGUUGACUUUUUGUGUAGCCUAGGCUUCAGUCGGGAUUCGUAAAGUGCUUAUGAUUAGCCUAUUUGUAUGGAAAACAAAAUCUGUCAAACAUUGUUUUGUACAUCUUAUGAACAGGCCAGGCCCAGUGUUAGGUUACUUGCGAUGAGAUGACUUGAGUUACAUUUGUCACCUGUCUCAAAUAAUCACCCAUCUGAGCCAGUCAUUGUUAAAUCUUCCUUGUCAACUUUCUCAUCCCAUGUUUCUGAUCAAGGUUAUCAAUUGUAAUUGAGAGUUCCGUAUCGCGCCUAUUACCUUCAACUACACUGAUAUAAUAUAAACGCAACAUGCAACAAUUUCAAAGAUUUUACUGAGUUACAGUUCAUAUAAGGAAAUCAGUCAAUUUAAAUAAAUAAAUUAGGCCCUUAUCUAUGGAUUUCAAAUGACUGGGAAUACAUAUAUGCAUCUGUUGGUCACAGAUACCUUUUUAAAAAAGGGUAGGGGCGUGGAUCAGAAAACCAGUCAGUAUCUGGUGUGACCACCAUUUGCCUCCUGCUGUGGCCAAUGGAAUGUUGUCCCACUCCUCUUUAAAGGCUGUGCAAAGUUGCUGGAUAUUGGCGGGAACUGGAACACGCUGUCAAGCAUGUUUGGGAUGCUCUGGGUCAAUGGGUGACAUGUCUGGUGAGUAUGCAGGCCAUGGAAGAACUGGGACAUUUUCAGCUUCCAGGAAUUGUGUACAGAUCCUUGCAAAAUGGGGCCGUGCAUUAUCAUGCUGAAACAUGAGGUGAUGGUGGCGGAUGAAUGGGACGACAAUGGGCCUCAGGGUCACGGUAUCUGUGCAUUAAAAUUGCCAUUGAUAAAAUGCAAUUGUGUUUGUUGUCUGUAGCUUAUGCCUGCCCAUACCAUAACCCCACCGCCACCAUGGGGCACGCUGUUCACAAUGUUGACAUCUGCAAACCGCUCGCCCACACGAUGCAGUCUGCCAUCUGCCCGGUACAGUUGAAACCGGGAUUCAUCCGUGAAGAGCACACUUCUCCAGUGUGCAAAUGGCCAUCGAAGGUGAGCAUUUGCCCACUGAAGUUGAUUACGACGCCAAACUGCAGUCAGGUCAAGACCCUGAUGAGGAUGACGAGCACGCAGAUGAGUUUCCCUGAGACGGUUUCUGACAGUUUGUGCAGAAAUCCUUCGGUUGUGCAAACCCACAGUUUCAUCAGCUGUCCGGGUAGCUGGUCUCAGACGAUCCCACAGGUGAAGAAGCCGGAUGUGGAGGUCCUAGGCUGGCAUCGUUACAUGUGGUUCUGCGGUUGUGAGGCUGGUUGGACGUACUGCCAAAUUCUCUAAAAUGAUGCUUAUGGUAGAGAAAUUAACAUUUCAAUUAUCUGGUAACAGUUCUGGUGGACAUUCCUGCAGUCAGCAUGCCAAUUGCACGCUCCCUCAAAACUUCAGACAUCUUUGGCAUUGUGUUGUGACAAAAUUGCACAUUUUAGUGUGGCCUUUUAUUGUCCCCAGCACAAGGUGCUACACCUGUCAGGUGGAUGGAUUAUCUUGACAAAGGAGAAACGCUCACUAACAGGGAUGUGAACAAGUUUGUGCACAAAAUUUGAGAAGCUUUUUGUGCGUAUGGAACAUUUCUGUGAUCUUUUAUUUCAGCUCAUGGAAACAUGGGACCAACACUUUACAUGUUGCAUUUCAUAUUUUUGUUGAGUGUAGUUUUUGGUUGCACCUCAACUCACGUUGGUUGAGUGCCUUCUACUCUGAACCCCCUCCUAACUUUCUCCUCCAUCUUUCUCUCAGCUUGCUAAUCGAGCACGGUCAGAGAAGGAGGACAAGCUGUCCCAAGCAUAUGCAAUCAGUGCUGGGGUUUCUGCGGAGGGCCAGCAUCUAUUCCAGACUAUUCACAAAACGUAAGUGCCUUUCAAGUCGAUAAACUUGAUUAAUUCCAGAGGGGCAGAGUAUCGGUAGGCUGCAUAGGCUACUGGUUAUAAUAAUAUAUGGGCAUUCUUUAUUGAUCCAUUGUCCUCCGAGUCCACUGGGCCUACACUGGUCCACAUUUACGUCAUUUAGCAGACGCUCUUAUCCAGAGCGACUUACAAAUAGGUGCAUUCAACUUAUGAUAGGGGGAGCAGAAGUAUUACUUUUAUCGUUUGGGUGUAGGGUCUGAUCAGAGCCUGAAGGUAAGGAGGUGCCGUUCCGCUCACAGCUCCGUAGGCAAGCACCAUGGUCUUGUAGUAGAUGCGAGCCUCAACUGGAAGCCAGUGGAGUACGCGGAGGAGCGGGGUGACAUGAGAGAACUUGGGAAGGUUGAACACCAGAAGGGCUGCAGCAUUCUGGAGAAAUUGUAGGAGUUUAAUGGCACAGGCAGGGAGCCCAGCCAACAGCGAGUUGCAGUAAUCCAGACGGGAGAUGACAAGAGCCUGGAUUAGGACCUGUGCCGCUUUCUGUGUAAGGUAGGGUCGUACUCUGCGAAUGUUGUAGAGCAUGAACCUGCAGGAUCGGGUCACCGCUUUGAUGUUAGCGGAGUACGACAGGGUGUUGUCCAGGGUCACGCCAAGGUUCUUUGCACUCUGGGAGGAGGACACAAUGGAGUUGUCAACCAUGAUGGCGAGAUCAUGGAGCGGGCAGUCCUUCCCCGGGAGGAAGAGCAGCUCCGUCUUGCCGAGGUUCAGCUUGAGUUGGUGAUCCGUGAUCAACACUGAUAUUUCUGCCAGACAUGCAGAGAUGCGAUUCGCCACCUGGUUAGUGAGUGCAUACAUGAUGAUUUUUUUAUAUAUAUAUUUUUUCAUACUGGCCCCACGUGGGAAUCGAACCCACAACCCUGGCGUUGCAAACACCAUGCUCUACAUCCCUGCCGGCCAUUCCCUCCCCUACCCUGGACAACGCUGGGCCAAUUGUGUGCCGCCCCAUGGGUCUCCCGGUCGCGGCCGGCUACGACAGAGCCUGGAUUCGAACCAGGAUAUCUAGUGGCACAGCUAGCACUGCGAUGCAGUGCCUUAGACCACUGCGCCACUCGGGAGGACAGCGUAGCAAUGAUAGGAGAGACCAUGUGAGGAUAUGACAGAGCCAAGUGACUUGGUGUAUAGAGAGAAUAGGAGAGUGCCUAGAACUGAGCCCUGGGGGACACCAGUGGUGAGAGCACGUAGUGCGGAAACAGAUUCUCGCCACGCCACCUGGUAGGAGCGACCUGUCAGGUAGGACGCAAUCCAAGAGUGAGCAGCGCCGGAGAUGCCCAACUCUGAGAGGGUGGAGAGGAGGAUAUGAUGGUUCACAGUAUCAAAGGCAGCAGAUAGGUCUAGUAGGAUAAGAGCAGAGGAGAGAGAGUUAGCUUUAGCAGUGCGGAGAGCCUCCGUGACACAGAGAAGAGCAGUCAGUUGAAUGACCAGUCUAGAAACCUGACUGGUUUGGAUCAAGAAGGUCAUUCUGAGAGAGAUAGCAGGAGAGUUGCCUAGAGACGGCACGCUCAAGAGUUUUGGAGAGAAAAUAAAGAAGGGAUACUGUUCUGUAGUUGUUGACAUCGGAGGGAUCGAGUGUAGGUUUUUUGAGGAGGGGUGCAACUCUCGCUCUCUUGAAGACUGAAGGGACAUGGCCAGCGGUCAAGGAUGAGUUGAUGAGCGGGGUGAGGUAAGGGAGAAGGUCUCCGGAAAUGGUCUGGAGAAGAGAGGAGGGGUUAGGGUCAAGCGGGCAGGUUGUUGGGCGGCCGGCCGUCACAAGUCGCAAGAUUUCAUCUGGAGAGAAAGGGGAGAAAGAAGUCCAAGCAUAGGGUAGGGCAGUGAACAGGACUAGCGGUGUCAUUUGACUUAAUAAAUGAGGAUCGGAUGUCGUCAACAUUCUUAUCAAAAUGGUUGAUUAAGUCAUCCACAGAGAGGGAGGUGGGAGAUGGAUGUGGAGGAGGAUUCAGCAGGGAGGAGAAGGUGGCAAAGAGCUUCCUAUGGUUAGAGGCAGAGGCUUGAAAUCUAGUGGUAGAGAGUGGCUUUAGCAGCAGAAACAGAGGAAGAGAAUGUAGAGAGGAGGGAGUGAACAGAUGCCAGGUCCGCAGGGAGUCUAGUUUUCCUCAAUUUCCGCUCGGCUGCCCGGAGCCCUGUUCUGUGAGCUCGCAAUGCGUCAUCAAGCCAUGGAGCAGGAGGGGAGGACUGAGCCGGCCGGGAGGAUAGGGGACAUAGAGUCAAAAGAUGCAGAAAGGGAGGAGAGGAGGGUUGAGGAGGCAGAAUCAGGAGAUCGGAGGGAGAAGGAUUUAGCAGGGGGAAGAGAUGAUAGGAUGGAAGAGGAGAGAGAGAGAGCGAAGUUUGCGACUGCACAUUACCAUCUGAGUAGGGGCAGAGUGAGUAGUGUUGGAGGAGAGCGAGAGAGAAUAGGAUACAAAGUAGUGGUCGGAGACAUGGAGGGGAGUUGCAGUGAGAUUAGUAGAAGAACAGCAUCUAGUAAAGAUGGGGGCGGUGAGAGGGUGAGGUCAAAAGAGGAAAGGAGUGGAAAGGAGGCAGAGAGAAAUGAGUCAAAGGUAGACGUAGGGAGGUUAAAGUCACCCAGAACUGUGAGAGGUGAGCCAUCCUCAGGAAAGGAACUUAUCAAGGCGUCAAGCUCAUUGAUGAACUCUCUGCCUUGUUGGCCGCAGAACGGCAGUUCCAGAGGCUGCCGGAGACCUGGAACUCCACGUGGGUUGUGUGCGCAGGGACCACCAGAUUAGAGUGGCAGCAGCCACGCGGUGUGAAGCGUUUGUAUGGCCUGUGCAGAGAGGAGAGAACAGGGAUAGACAGACACAUAGUUGACAGGCUACAGAAAAGGCUACAAUAAUGCAAAGGAGAUCGGAAUGAAAUUAACUAAACAUCUGGGAAAGCGAGAGAGCGGGGCCUCCCUCACGUACGUUUCAUUGAAACACUCAAAUAUAACUCUCCCAACUUCCACUUUAGAAAUUAUAAUUGUUGUAAACUACAGCAGUCCAAUGUUUUCCACCCAGGCCACUGGGCCUACACUGGUCCACCCGGGCCACUGGGCCUACACUGGUCCUCCCAGUCCACUGGGCCUAGGUCCACUGGUCCACCCGGUCCACUGGGCCUACACUGGUCCACUGGGCCUACACUGGUCCUCCCAGGCCACUGGGCCUACACUGGUCCACUGGGCCUACACUGGUCCACCCGGUCCACUGGGCCUACACUGGUCCACCCGGUCCACUGGGCCUACACUGGUCCACCCGGUCCACUGGGCCUACACUGGUCCACACGGUCCACUGGGCCUACACUGGUCCACCCGGUCCACUGGGCCUACACUGGUCCACCCGGUCCACUGGGCCUACACUGGUCCACCCGGUCCACUGGGCCUACACUGGUCCACUGGGCCUACACUGGUCCUCCCAGGCCACUGGGCCUACACUGGUCCACCCGGUCCACUGGGCCUACACUGGUCCUCCCAGGCCACUGGGCCUACACUGGUCCACCCGGUCCACUGGGCCUACACUGGUCCUCCCAGGCCACUGGGCCUACACUGGUCCACCCGGGCCUACUGAACACCCUUUCCAGUCAUAAUGGCUAGGUUUAGAGGCAGGUGAUUUGAAGACGUCGCAUGUUAGGUCAACAGAAGUUCCGAAAAAUUUGAGGUCUUGAUCUGAUUUUGGCUGCUAAGCAUUGUUUAAAUUGGUAAGACGCGGUAACGACAAUCCCAGCUCCGACACCUCCGUUUUUGCACACACGGCCGACGCAGUGUGAUUUGAUGGUCAACUGCUGCGCACAUUGAUAGCAUGUCGGGCAACAAGAUUCUCCGGGAGAAUUGGAUAAAGGCAUUCACAUAUACCUGACAGUACUUAGUUGUCCUGCAUCUCCCCAAUUUCUGUAUUCCCUAAAUAUACAUUUACAGAUAAUAGGCUUAGAUAAUCUAAUGAUACAUACUGUUAUAAAUGAUUGUGUAGGUUGUGUCAAGUUUUAGCUUCAUAAAUAAAAAGUAUUCAAUUGAGAUUUCAUGCUUUAUUUCAAAAUAUCAGAUUAAAACUCAUUCUAGAGUGGUUUCAAUAGACUUGACUCCUCAGCUCAAGGACUGUUUGACCAGUUAAAUGUUGAUCUAAUGAUGUGUACUGUGUUCUGCAGCAUCAAAGACUGUAAAUGGCAGGAGAAGAAUAUAAUGGUGAUGGACGACGUUGUAAUCUCACCCCCAUACCAGGCUGACAACUGCAAAGGCAAAGAGGGAAGUGCUUUAAGUCAUGUACGCAAAAUAGUGAGUAUCACCUGUCAACUACAACUACUGUUAAAUCUGUCAACCUAACUACAACUUAUCUGUCAGCUUACCUACUACUACUACUGUUAUAUCUGGCAACCUACCUACUACUACUACUGUUAUAUCUGGCAACCUACAGUGCAUUCGGAAAGUAUUCAGACCCCUUGACCUUUUCCACAUUUUGUUACGUUACAGUCUAAUUAUAAAAUGGAUUAAAUGAACCAAAAUUCCUCAUCAAUCUACACACAAUAACCCAUAAUGACAAAGCAAAAACAGGUUUGUUGAAACUUUUGGUAUUUUAUUUAAAAAAUGAAGAAAACUCACUUACCUUAUUUACAUAAGUAUUCAGACCCUUUGCUAUGAGACUCGAAAUUGAGCUCAGGUGCAUCCUGUUUCCAUUUAUCAUCCUUGAGAUGUUUCUACAACUUGAUUUGGAGUCGACCUGUGGUAAAUUCAAUUCAUUGGACAUGAUUUGGAAAGACACACCUGUCUAUAUCAGGUCCCACAGUUGACAGUGCAUGUCAGAGCAAAAACCAAGCCAUGAGGUCGAAGGAAUUGUCCGUAGAUCUCCAAGACAGGAUUGUGUCGAGGCACAGAUUUGGGGAAGGGUAUCAAAAGGGUAUCAAAACAUUUCUGCAGCAUUGAAGUUCUCCAAGAACACAGUGGACUCCAUCAUUCUUAAAUGGAAGAAAUUUAGAACCACCAAGACUCUUCCUAGAGCUGGCCAAACUGAGCAAUCGGGGGAUAAGGGCCUUGGUCAGGGAGGUGACCAAGAACCCGAUGGUCACUGACAGAGCUGUAGAGUUCCUCUGUGGAGAUGGGAGAACCUUCCAGAAGGACAACCAUCUCUGCAGUACUCCCAAUCAGGCCUUUAUGGUAGAGUGGCCAGACGGAAGCCACUCCUCCGUAAAAGGCACAUGAAAGCCUGCUUGGAAGUUUGCCAAAAGGCAACUAAAGGACUCUCAGACCAUGAGAAACAAGAUUCUCUGGUCUGAUGAAACCAAGAUUGAACUCUUUGGCCUGAAUGCCAAGCGUCACGUCUGGAGGAAACCUGGCACCAUCCCUACGGUGAUGCAUGGUGGUGGAAGCAUCAUGCUGUGGGGAUGUUUUUCAGCGGCAGGGACUGGGAGUCUAGUCAGGAUCGAGGAAAACAUGAACGGAGCAAAGUACAGAGAGAUCCUUGAUGAAAACCUACUCCCGAGCACUCAGGACCUCAGACUGGGGCGAAGGUUCACCUUCCAACAUGACAACGACCCUAAGCACACAGCCAAGACAACGCAGGAGUGGCUUCGGGACAAGUCUCAAUCUCCAGACUUGAACCCGAUCGAACCUCUCUGGAGAGACUUGAAAAUAGCUAUGCGGCAACGCUCCCCAUCCAACCUGACAGAACUUGAGAGGAUCUGCAGAGAAGAAUGGGAGAAACUCCCCAAAUACAGGUGUGCCAAGCUUGUAGCGUCAUACCCAAGAAGACUCGAGGCAGUAAUCGCAGAAGGUGCUUCAACGAAGUACUGAGUAAAGGGUCUGAAUACUUAUGUAAAUGUGAUAUUUCAGUUUCUUUAUUUUUAAUGUUUGCUAAAAUGUCGAAAAACCUGUUUUUGCUUUGUCGUUAUGGGGUAUUGUGUGUAGAUUGAUGAGGAAAAAAAAAACUACUUAAAUAAGUUUAGAAUAAGGCUGUAACGUAACAAAAUGUGGCAAAAGUCAAGGGGUCUGAAUACUUUCCCAAUGCACUGUACCUAACACUACUACUGUUAAAUCAGUCAACCUACCUACUACAGCUGUUAUAAAAGUAGUAGUAGGUAGGUUGACGGAUACUACUACUGUUGUAUCUGUCAACCUACUACUACUGUUAUAUUCCCACGGGGGAACAGUAUGAAAAAUGUAUGCACUCACUAAUUGUAAGUCGCUCUGGAUAAGAGCGUCUGCUAAAUGACUAAAAUGUUAAUUGGAUCAUUAAAAAUAUAUGUCAACCUACUACUACUGUUGUAUCUGUCAACCUACCUACUACUACUGUUAUCUGUCAACCUACUACUACGGUUAUAUCUGUCAACAUACCUACUACAACUGUUAAAUCUGUCAACUUACCAACUACUACUACUACUGUUAUCUGUCAACUUACUACUACAGUUAUAUCUGUCAUCCUACCUACUACUAUCUGUCAACCUACCUACUACUAUGGUUAUAUCUGUCAAUACGUUGCCUUGGUUGUGGAAAAAUUAUACAAUUGACAUGUCAUUUGCACUUUUCUUUCAAAUAACUUUUGUUUUGGUAACAUAGUAUUGAUCAUGCAUCUCAAGUGGUCUUCCCUGUCCUUCCUCUGCAGGUUGAGAAACAUUUUAGAGAUGUGGAAAGUCAGAAGCAACGUUCACAAGCACAGCAAACACAGAAGGACUCCUCUUUAUCAUCUUGAGUCAGCGCAGGGCAGUGUGGGUCGGGCCAGCCAGGGAAGGCAACACAGCGGCGGGUGGACGGCACGGCGGGAAGUCUGUCCCCACUGCCGGACGAGGUUGGCAUUCCUAGCCCUCGUUGUCAGAGACCAGGACGAUCCAGCGCUGAAGGGCACUGGGUCCAGAUGAACAAAAAAACAUUAACGAAAAAGACACACAAAAAAAGAGAGUUAAUCUUAAAUUAGACUUUAUAAAGAUAAUUUAAAACAUCAACCAUGAAGCAACCAUAGUUUCCUUUAACUAACUUAAUCAUCGUCUCACUCAUCCCAUCAUCAUCCAUCAUUGUCCCCUCAUCCCAUCCAUCAUCGUCCCCUCAUCCCAUCCAUCAUCCUCCCAUCAUCCAUCAUCCCCCCUUCAUCCAUUAUCGUCCCCUCAUCCCAUCCAUCAUCCUCCCCUCAUCCCCAUCAUCCAUCAUCCCCCCUUCAUCCAUU